UCCGCGUUUUCAGGGCUAAAUACUGUAAAGAUUUCUCCACAGCCUCCUAGCCUCCAUCACCGUGCGUCACGCCACUCUCGCUGCCGUUCUCGUCCUAACCUUUCCUUGUGCCUCACGCAGAACCUAGACGUCUGCACCACAACGCUUUGAUCGCCACUUUAGUGUCGGCUCGCUUUCGGCUUCCUUACGUACUAGUAGUACCUCGUGGUGUGUUCGUGACCUGCUGUCCUGCGUCACUUUAGUUUGGUUAUUUCUCAACCGCAGCAGCAGGAGAGCAGUAGCAGGCAGCUACUCUGCACCCGCGUUCAAAGAAAGAAAGAAAAUGGCAGACUUGAAUCUCUCAGACAGUAUGCCUCGGGUUAAUCCCUCUGACUGCUUUCCCGACGAAUUACUCGUGGAGGUAUUCCGUCUCGUCAUGCAGCAUCCACCACCCGGCGGUUCCACAACCAACUCUCGCGCUAAUAAUCCCCACCUGCAGCUCCUUCGCUACCAUCACUAGGACCUCCUCUCGUAUCUCCAGUCCGCCGUUUCCCUCUCCCACGCGCUCGUGUGCUCCCGCUGGCGCGACCUCGCGUAUCUCGCGGUCAUAGCCAUCCACCCCCCGCGCCAACGGGGCUCGCACACGCCCGCGGACCAGCUCGUCGCUGCUCUUUACCGCCAUCCGAAUCUCACCUCCGUUCGCGCCGCCUUUCCUCGCCCCUGGGAUAUGCCGCGUGACGCCGCAGCCACUAUGGAGUUAAGUCGUGCUUACUGUCUUGGUAACCCUGCGGAGCCACAGGUCGUGCCGCCGCUCCCGCCUGGCUCGGAUGCCGACCAAGGGCUGGACGCUCUUUCGCGUUGUACGCGUUUGAAGCAGCUCUACCUCUCCGUUCCAGUAGCCAGGGCCUACAGGUUUCCGGGAUCCAUAGCGAAUCUGACCAGGCUGGUGCACCUCAGCAUCGCCUCAUGCAGCUUGUUUCAACUGCCCGAGGAGAUAAGCGCUCUUCAAGCUCUAAAGUUCCUCCACUUGGAAACAGAGAGUCUCACAUCGCUGCCCGAAAGUCUGGGCAGCCUCGGCAAUCUGCUGGACCUGCUGCUGGUGAAGUGUUACUCCUUAUCCUCACUGCCCGAUACACUAGGGCAGCUGUCGAAACUAUCCAGACUCUGUGCCAUGGGGUGCCUCGAGCAACGCAUCUUGCCCCACGCGUUCUGCAGUAAAUUUGGUGACCUGCUUGCGCCUAUCACGCAGAUAUCCUCCUCCCUCGAGAUUCUGGAGCUAACUACCUGUUCUCCGCAUUUGCCGGAGUACUUGGGGAAUCUGACCAAUCUGCGAAGGCUGGGGCUGCUCAGUGGCAGCAGUCUCACGCACCUGCCCUCCUCUCUGCUCCAGCUCUCGCUCCUUCAGCGCCUUAAAAUUAGAUUGUCCAGCUCGCUUUGUCUCCUGCCCGAGAAUCUCGGGCAGCUCUCAGCACUUGAAAAGAUUCAUCUCUUCUGCACAAAUGGGCUUCGGGGCCUUCCUGAGUCGAUCGGGCAGCUGCGACUCCUUCGAAAACUGGAGCUAAAUGGUUGUGGUGAUGUCCAAACACUGCCAGAAUCUCUGUCACAAUGCCAUGCGUUGAGGACUCUUAAAAUCGCUAACUGCUACUCACUGUCCUGCCUGCCCCAAAACAUCCACCAUCUGACGGGCCUUCAAGUGCUGAGCCUCAGCUGGUGUGAUAACAUUUUGCAGCUGCCCGACAGCCUCGCUCUCUGCCCGUCCCUCGAGCGCCUCUUCAUCCGCUGCUGCUCUGGUCUCACGUGCUUGCCUGAGGAGAUCGGCUCUCUCCCUCGGCUCCUGGAGCUCGAGGUGGAUAGCUGCAGGGGCAUUCACAGUCUGCCGCUCUCCCUUGCCCUGCUCUCCCAGCUGAGGGAUGGCUCGGUGGUGAGGGUGGUUGUUAAAAAGUGCUGCAAGAAAGCAGAUGUGGACCCAUUGAUUCAAGACAUGGUGGAUGAAGAGGGUGUGGAGGAGGUGGAGAGGCAAAGGAACACUUAGGAGGGAUCAUGCAUGCCUGCCCAUAUGUACGUGGGAUGGAGGUGACGAGGAGGACACGUUGGGUGAAUGAUGGGAAGCACCCUACAAGGAAGGUGCGUGGCUGCCCGUACAUGGGACGGAGGUGAAGAGGAAGAUGCACUAUGUGAACGGCAUGCGGUUUCCUAAACCCAACCAGGUGUGCUUGUACAUGGUAGGUAGGUUGUGUGCUCGUGAACCCUUGUCCAUGUACAGUGGAAGCAUGGUGGCCAGGGCCUACUUUUGGAUUUUUACUACUCUGAUAUUGGGGAGUGACAUUUCGCAUUACUCUGAAAAUCAGAGUGCAUCCUCACAGUUUCUCUGAUUUGCCAGGGUUUUUUUCCAUUUUGAAAAUUUUACACUGGUAGUGCAGAGGGGAAAUUUCCACAACUCUGUGCUGCUGUUGUGCACCCCGACAAAGGUUGAUUGAGGGGAUUUUGUGGUUGGUCCGAUCAGAUAGACGUACGUUUCAUUUCAAAUAC